AUGAGCAGCGCUUCUUUGCCUCCACCGCAGCGCGGGGACGCUGUGCAGGUGCAGUUCGUGAACACAGACGGCAGCACCAUCGCUCAGCGUCCCAUUCCUAUUGAGGAGCUGUUGCAGCAGCAGGAUCACACCAUGGAUAUCAGCGAUGGGAUUGCACUGCGCCUCGAGGCGCUGAACGCUGAGCAGGACUACAGCGACGACGACAGCAGCGCGUCCGACGGCACUGCUGACGAUAAAGAGGGUACCGAGGGCGCAGGUGCUCGAGGACAAGCCGUCGCUGCUGCAACCCCGCCUCCCGGCACGCGAGCCACCAGAGACUGGUACGAGGUGCUGGAUGCUCUACGCCGGGAACAGUUGGAUGUGAGACGCGCCAUGACUGGGGUUGAGGAGGCCAUGAGGAAGCCGAGUGAGGGCGAAGGUCGCCUUGUCACGCGACACUCCAAGAAGCUGCGUUGUGUGGCCACGCCACUGAAGCGAUUUUCCAUUGCACCGAGCACCGAGGGCAAGUCCAUCGCUGCUGACGCGGCACCCAGGAGCGUGCCGCCGCCCGGUGCGUCUCGGCGAGAGGUAUGGGCCUCUCUCGCUCCGGCCAAAGAUGUGUAUCCGCACAACUACAAGGUUCUUCGCUACGUCUCUUACAUGCCCGCGCUGGACUGCCGGCGUUUCCGCCCCACGGCACUUGCCUUCCACGCCGCGGCGUCGUACUUGAACCGCAAAGAUAGCGGCCAGCGCCUACUCGUCUACGGCGGUGUUUCCUUCGGUACCCGCAGCGUGGAGCAGGAGCUGUACGAAUUCUCUGUGCUGACGGGCAACUGGUGCCGCAUCGAAGGGCGACAGCUCGUCCCGGCCGGCCACUACGGCCACACAAUGACAGUGGUCGAGUGCUUUGACCGCCUCGUGGUAGUGGGCGGCAUCGGGCCCGGUGGGGCGACCGUUUCACCGAAAACGAGGCAGGCGUGGAGCACUGAUCCGCUGCGUGCGCCGCGGUAUCGAUAUCUGUGUCCACUCUUACAUCGUCCUGCCGGGAAGGUGGCGAACAUGUUAGCGCGCGCCGGUGGGACGGCUGCGCCGCUGCCCCCCACACCAUCGCCCCCGUCGAUCGGCUUCGUAUCUCUGCUUUUCGACAUGAACCUGAGCGAUCAGAGCUGGCGCGCUAUUCAGCCUCCCACCCCUUUUCCGCUAGUGUUUCACACCAGCGUUUACUUUGGCACGGAGCUCUUUAUCUUUGGUGGACUCACGGCUGAUCUGCACGUGUCUUGGCAGCUGCUUGCCAUCAACCCCGGCACGUACGCGGUUCGCCGCAUCCAAACAAGUGCUAGUCCGCCCCGUCGAGGCCGACGGGGAAUGGCGCCAGGUGAUGAGGGAGUGGAGCAGGAGCGGAGUGGCAGCGACGUAGACGUGGAUGAGACCGACGGCCCGGGGCCACGUUUUCUGCACACGGCAGUGCGGUACGGCCAAUACAUGAUCGUCUACGGCGGCUACGGCACGCAGAAUGAGGUGCUUGAUGACUGCUGGGCAUUUGACAUGGCGAAUGAGCGCUGGGAGCAGCUGCGUUGUCGCGGCGGGGCAGCCGGCCGUGCAGGGCACGCGUGCUGCGUCGUUGGCUGCCGCAUGCUCGUCACAGGUGGCUUUGAGUCGUCUCUAGAUGAGAUCGGAACCUCAACGUCGCCAGUGACGACGGUGAUGGAACUGAACCUCGUGCCGACAGUGCAGGGUGAGCACAUGUGGCGUGCAGAGGUGCGCGUCCAGCCACCGUUGCCGCCGCUCGCCUUCACGCAGUGCGCCCCGUGCGGGGACGGCUAUUCGUUUCUUCUCUUUGGCGGGCUGACGAAGCCGGCGCGACACCCUACUCGGUCCCUGUCGGUCGGCAAACGUUCCGCAUCCACGAAACGCCGUGCAGCGGCCUUCAGCGAGGACGAGAGCGAUGCGGAGGAUGUAGCGGAGAGUGUCGUGGAAGCAGAUCACCGCUCCGCCUCUCGCGAAGUGUCUGAGCGUGGAGCCUCUGUGGCGGCGCGCAACGGGCUUUGGAAGAGGUUUGCACCGUUCGACGACGGCCUUGUCCUCACUUUUCCAGAGAAGCGGCGGCACAGUGUGGGGGCCAAGAAUGGGCCGGUGGUGAAUGCUCUCGGCGUUGAAGUGGACCCUGAGGAGCUGCCGGAGCACUUCAAGGCUUUUGUGCGACGGCAAGAAGACUUUGUGAAGAAGAAGGACGCCACCACCGCGGAGACAAUGCGCAAGACGACUCUGGAGGAGCUAGAGGAAAUGGAACCGGCGCUGUAUCUUACCGAUGCCGAGAUUGAGCUGCUGAUGCACCGGAGCGAGGAGUGCUGCAUCGCGUUUUCUGAGCGCUACAAGAUGAACAUGCUGCCGAGCAAUGUGCCGGACCGCGAAGAGCGUGUGCACCUGAUUGAGGAGUGCAUCUCCGAGAGCCGACAGGUACGGGAUGUGAUGCGGUCUAUGAAAGGUUCGACGCCUGGCGUUACCGCUGUCAAGUCAAAAACACACCGCAAGCGUACCGGGCAAAAGUUCGAGGACUACUCUGCCGCGAAGCCCUUCCGCCGUGUCGUUGUGAUGCAGCUGAUUACCAGCAUCAACAACCACCUGUCACGCAUGCAUCGACUGAACAAAACGUUGCGGACUGUGGACUGGCCUGAAAAGAAGGGUUUCCUGGAGGCUAUUGACGAUAUGCAGAAUUCCGUCCACGCCGUGUCACGCGCCAUCAACGGCGUUCUCAACAAAUACAUCCAGCAUCGAGUCGAGUCCCUCAUGAAGGGCGUAGAGAAGCAUAAGGAGGUGAUGCGGAUGCUCACGGAGGUUGUGGAGAAGAAUCGGCACGACAAGAUAUGGGGGAUCGAGGAGGCGCGAAAUGAGAAGCGAAAAGAACAGCAGCGUGCUCGUGCCGCUGUGGGGCCCCUUGGGCACCCAGUGCUCACGGUAAAGCAGGCCCCCAGCCAGAGGCGCAUGUCAUCAAGUGCUGCACGUAGCAGAAGUUCCUCGCCGGCCGCGAUACGAAAUCGCUCCACACCCAGCUGCUCGCUGGGUGUCGGCUAUCACGCUGAUGAAAGCAAGGCUGUUGCAUAUGUGGUGGACAGGGAGUGGCAUGAUCUGCUCAGGCGCACCAGCAUGGUAGAGAAGUGUGCCGGCCGUCUGCGCCGCUACUGCGAAGAAGGCGCGGCGACCAGCGGCACAGCGCUGCCACCAUCGCCGCCAUCCGUCAAAGACCCCCUGUUGACGCAUUUGGCGUCGCCGCAGGCACCUUCUGUGAUGACUCAAGUCCCGCCCCCACUACAAGUGCCCCCACUGGGGUCAGUUGACCCGAUAGCGCCAUCUGUUCUCCUGCCCACCGGCGUGCCGCUUGCGGGCCUGGUUACGAGUGAGGCUCCUGGGGCCCCUCUUGCGCUAGCGUCCGCAUCAACGAUGGGUGAGGCUGGCGCCGCUCGACCGCGCGAGAUUAUGAUUCAGCGCUCAAACGAGCUGCGAGUCACUGCAGCAGGGGUUGCUGAGGAGGUACGCAAAGCAGCUGUGAGCCUGCGCACUGCGCUUACUCAGGUAGCUGCUGAGACGCCACUGGCGAUGUCGGCAGCCGUAUCGUUGUCGUCUAAAAUAAGCCACCUGACAGCCGCACCCUUGCAGACGACUGUGGGUACCGAUGCCGUCACCCACACCAUCCCUGUUCCACAACUGCCAGUCCCCACAGUAGUAUCGUCUCACACGGCAGCAGCACCGACAGCCUCUGGAACCGCGCUUGCUGCCCGAUCAGCUCCAUCGGACACGAGCUCCUCUUCGUCAUUGGGAUCGUCACGCUCGUCUUCUUCUUCUUCGGGGUCUUCGGCACCGGCAGCCCCUGCCGCGACUCACGGUCCAUCACCCCAGCUGCUCUCGGGAGGCUCCUUACCAUCCGCAACGACGACCCAACCAACGUCGCCGGGCUAUGUGCCACCUCCAGUAACGGUGCCCGUGAUGCCGAACGCAGAAGCGGCGAGUGCGAAGGUGCAGCAGCCGGACCUCCCCCUGGUGGCCCAGUCUUCGCACAAUGCCGCAGCGGAUUCUUCACAUCCUAGCCACAAUGCAAAGGAUACCGCUGGCUCACCGGCGCAGGCCUCCACAGCUCAGAGGCACGCUGUACACCUGAAUGCACUGCGCCCCCUUCUCGCAGCGAGAGAGUCUCUCCUGCAAUUCCAGGAUAAGGUGAUUCUGAUACGCCUGAACAAGUGGGACACCAGCGACCUCGCCGGCCCACCACAGGACAUGAAGGUGGAAGAGCUGUACAAGCGGCUCAGCAAACUCCUGACGGGGGUGACGCAGUGUAUCACAGCCAGCUUCCUGACCAAGGCUGGCGCGAGGCCACCUCGUCUCCGCCCCGCUCCCCUUUCUGUCGGUCCGCCGCCGCCGCCAUCAAGGAGCAAGAAGGCAGCAACGGAAAGAGGGACCAGCGGCGUGAUAACAAAGCGGUCCUCACAGUCGAAGUCGCUCACCUCGACAGCGGCAGCACGUGCGAGCUCUACACCUGCGGUCUUUUCGGAGAUGUCGUUCUCCGCCGCGGGAGAUAACGAAGGGGGUUCUCGCAAGGACCACUCCCCUGCAGAGGGGGCGCUGCACGGCACCGCCGAGGGCAGCGUGAGGGACACUCUGAGGCUGAAGCCGCUUCCUCUGCCCUCUUACGACCAGGACGCGAGCGCGGGUGACGAGUGGCUCACGAGGCUCUCUCGCCCAACCGAUAAUGGCGCAGCUGGUGUUCCUCUGGUGUCGAACGAGGCGCUUCUGCGAAAUGUCCGGUCAGAGGUUGCGCCUGCGGCUCUCUCAUCUACCGAUACAGCAGCCCUAGCUGCUAUGCAGGUUCAUGCAGUGUACCCGGGCGCACGCACAAUACCAAAUACCAACGCCGCUAGCGUCGUGUGCGGCAGCGUAGCUGCUCCGAUGAUAACGGGUCCGUGGGCGCCCACAGUCCCCUCAAUGCAGACAGGUGGCUCCGCGUUUGUUGGGGCAGCAGCACCUGCCGUCUCGCUGAGCGUCGUUCCAAAGGUUCUACUGCCGGCAGGAGCGAAUGGCGUGUGCACCGACAAGGCUGGGGCGGCCUUCACGACGCAGUCGUCACUGCAGCGCCGGCGAUCUACGAUUGCAGAUCUCACGCAGCUGCGUCACCCCUUCCAGAACAGGUUGAGUAGCGGCAACUUCGGUGACGGCACAACCAAUAUCGGCGACGGGAAAGAGCCGGUGACUCGCGAGCCGGCUACAAGUGUCACGCGGGGUAACUUUGUCGUGAACACGGAAUACCUUUCUCGUGCUGCGCCGCAUGCGUUACUGGCGGCGCCAACUGCUGAGGACCAGUUGCAGGAGAGCGCCAGCGGCGUGCAGCUUGCGUGGGCGGAUGUCGAUGAAGACUACUUUUACUUUGGUCGGGCUGUAGAAAAGCGCACGACGCCUGCCGCAGCGGUGGUGUCUGGUCCGCCCUACCUUUUUACCCGCCCAAGUGUUGGCGUGGGUGUGUCACCACCAGUGGGAUCGGUGGUGGGCUCACCGCGUGCGAAUGCGGAGUGGGUAGUUCCGCCAACGCGCGACAUCACCAGUGUCACUUCUGUGUCGGCUGCGCCACGCACACGCUCCUCUACGGCGCGGCGCAGCAUCAGCAGUCGGCGGGUGUCGGAUCACUAUUUGUUAUCCACAGCCUCGCAGUCGCUAAAGUCGCACACAGCGCGGCCAGUUGUGCGCAAGGAGGGCGCCAAGCACAAUUUCUAUACUCCUGGGGAGCUGCAGCUGAUGCACGCACGCGAGCGGCUGCGGUCGAAGCCGUCCAAGUGA